GAUGAAGACGACGACGAAGAUGACGAUGAUGACGAUGAUGACGAUGAUGAAGAAGAGGAAGAAGAGGAGGAGGAGGAAGAGGAAGAAGAGAAGGAGGAGGAAGAAGAAGAAGAAGAAGAAGAAGAAGAAGAAGAAGAAGAAGAAGAAGCGGCAACUGAGGCUCCCAGCAAUCAAACAGAAACUCAGUCCAGCUCUACAGAGUCUCCUCUCAGCAAGUGUCAGACUGCUGACAGAGAAAUCAGCUGCAGAGGCAUCGGCAUGACUCUCCUGCCAAUCAUCCACAACCUGCUGGCCACCAAUCUGGACAUGGCAGAAAACAACAUCAGAAUUAUCAGUCCACAAGAUUUCUCUGGUGUGCCGAACCUGGACACACUGGACCUGAGCAAAAACCAACUGGAUGAUGAGUCGUUGAGCCAGAACCCGCUGUCGAACUUGACCUUUCUGAAGAAGCUGAACCUAGACGGCAACCAGUUCACCAGCAUCCCGGCCCUGCCGCCAUCUCUGGAGGAGCUCAAGAUUAACAACAACAAGCUCAGUGCACUCAGCCCUCACUGCUUCAAAGAUCUGAUGAACCUGUUGAAUCUGGAGCUUGAGGAGAACACUCUCCAUGAGGGCAAUGUGUCACCUCAAGCCUUCAGACCGCUAGAGAGACUACUGGAGCUCCGGUUGGACAACAACCACUUCCGUUCCGUCCCUCUGGGCCUCCCUCCCUCUCUUCAGAAGCUGGAGAUGAAUGGAAAUCUGAUUGAAGAGGUGACAGAGGAGGCCUUGAGAGGCUAUAUCCAUUUGGGAGUGUUGGAACUGAGUCACAACCGGCUGCAUGAGCAAGGCAUCGCUACCCACGCCUGGACCCGACUCAAGUCCCUGGAGGCCUUGGACCUGUCCUACAACACAUUCACCUCUGUCCCAAUGAAUCUGCCUCGUCGUCUCCAUAAACUGAACCUCCAACACAACAACAUCAGCCACAUCGCCGCCUUCACGUUCCGUCACAUGAAGUCCAGCCUACAGUCCCUCUGUCUAUCCCACAAUGAAUUGAGCAACGAGGGAAUGGAUCGAGUCUCUUUUGUUGGAACGUACCGCUCACUGGGCGAGCUUUUAUUGGACAACAACCGUCUGGGCGAGGUCCCUCGCUGCGUUCGACAGUUUAAGAACCUGCAGGUGUUGAGACUGGACAACAACCAGAUCAGGCUGGUGAGGCAGUGGGGAGUGUGCCACCCUCAUAAUGCUGGCUCCUCCUUGACUUCGAUCCACUUGGAAAAUAAUCUGCUGGAUGUGAAGAGGAUUCCCCCAAAUGCCUUCUCCUGUCUCACUGAUGCUCAGGGACUGGUCCUCUAUCCACAACAACAGAGUGUGUCACUUGACCGAUAG